GAAAUGGGAAACCUGCGCGACGCGGAUGUCGGUCCGUCACGUGCGUUUUUUUUCUGGAGCGCAGAAGUUGCCAGUGAGUUAAGAAGUCGUGUGUUUAGGUACUUAUUGCAAACAGUAUGGGCCGGUUGGAUGGGAAAGUGAUUGUCCUUUCUGCAGCAGCACAAGGCAUUGGAAGAGCUUCUGCUAUAGCUUUUGCCAAAGAAGGUGCCCAAGUCACAGCUACAGAUAUCAAUGGAGAGAAACUCAAAGAGCUGGAUGGCAUUCCAGGGAUCAAAACCAAAGUUGUUGAUGUUACCAAGAAAGACCAGGUAGAGGCCUUGGCAAAAGACUUUGACUAUGUGGAUGUGCUUUUCAAUGUUGCUGGAUUUGUCCAUCAUGGCUCAAUACUGGAGUGUGAGGAAUCGGAUUGGGACUUCACUAUGAAUGUGAACGUCCGUAGCAUGUACCUGAUGAUCAAGGCCUUCCUGCCUAAGAUGCUGCCUCGUAAAUCUGGUAACAUCAUCAAUAUGGCAUCUGUGGCAUCUAGUAUCAAAGGAGUUGUGAACAGAUGUGUCUACAGCACGUCUAAAGCUGCCAUCAUUGGACUGACCAAAUCAGUGGCAGCUGAUUUCCUGGAACAGGGGAUCCGCUGCAAUUGUAUCUGUCCCGGAACUGUAGAUACGCCUUCAUUACGACAGAGAAUCCAGGACAGACCUGACCCAGAGCAGGCUUUCAAAGAUUUUAUGGCCAGACAGAAGACUGGUAGAUUGUGCACUGCAGAGGAAGUGGCACAUCUGUGUGUGUACUUGGCAUCAGAUGAGUCUGCCUAUGUAACUGGAACAGAAGCCAUCAUUGAUGGAGGAUGGAGACUCUGAGGAUGUUUUGUUACAUUUACUAAACAACCUUUAACAUGCAUGCAGUUUGACGAAGAGUCGCUGAUUCUCUUUAUUUUUAAAAAUAAUGCUGCUAUGGUGCAGUUGAUUGUAUUGAAUAUGAACUUGAUCGUUCUUGGUCACUAAUGUAAAAAAAUGCGGAUGCCAAGCUCACUUACUGCCAAUUCCUGUCUAUUAGACAAUUUUCUAAUUCUUAAAUAAAGCUUGAGAAUAGUUUUUUGAAUGUUUUAAACCGAAACCUGGCAUUAAAACAAUCAGUUAUUUAAAAAUAAAAAAAUAAGAAUAAGCUUUGAA